AUUUUAAAAAAAAGAUUCUCGAAAUAUAAAUGCGAACCAAGAAAGCCUGCACAGACCAUUAUUUAUGUUACAUUUAUUCAUGGUUUCAUGUUACAUGUUAGUUAAUUAGCAUUUGACUUCUUCAUGACCACCUGCCGUCAUGCAACACACUGUAACAAAACAGUAAAGCAGAGGUUUGUGCGUUUGAUGAGCAGAGUCGAUAUGGAUGCACUGCUAAUCCACAUCAUCCAUCCUGGAAUGAGAGACAGGUUAAACGGUGAAGAACCAUUCAAGGCCACAAAGGAAUUUUUUUUUUCAUUUGGAUUAAAAAAUAGACGAUUAGCUAUUUUAUCUUUCAACUAUGCUUUUCACAAAGUGUUCAGCUAUGUUUAUAUGGCACAUAAGGGUUUCGCUGUAUUUUUAAAGAAAAUACCACCCAGUGCCUUCUUUCCUUGAAAGAAAUACAUGACCUCACAUUCAACCCCUGAGAGACGAAGCAGGGAAAGCCUCUCCAGUCUGUUACAAGUGUUCCCAUACUUGUGUCUCCCAGAGGAUGUUAAUAUAUCACCAGUGAGUCUGUGGCCUGACCUUUGACUCAGAGAAGUUUCAUCUGUGAGUCAAACGAAGCCACAGGGUCAAAGCAGACGCACACUCCCAGCAGGGAUCCUGAACUCCUGCAGCCUUUAAUUUCCAAACAGACCUCAUCAUGAUGGAGACGGAGCAAAUGACUGGAAGUUGUCCUGCCCCAAGCCAAGCGGCUGUCAGACCCUGGCUCUCCUCCAUUGCAAGAGGAGCCACCAGGACACCCGGCAACACCGCUGACCGUUUCCAUGGUGACGGAGUUCGGUACAAAGCGAAGCUCAUUGGUGUUGACCCGGUGUCCGACUCCCAGGGGGACAAGAUGUGCUGGGACUCCAUGAUGAAACUCAAGGGCAUUGAGGUAGCAUCAAGGAAACAGGGGAAACACAAACCGAGAGUUUGGCUGAAAGUUUUCUCCACCGGCCUGAAAAUCCUGGAUGAGCGGACUGGGGCUGUUCUUCAUGACCACGAGAGGAGCAGAAUCAGCUCUUUGACAAAAGAUGAGUCCGACCCCAGAGCUCUGGCUUACAUUUACCAACACCAAGACUCCUACAGCCUCUUCUACAUCAAGAUGGCCAUCCUGGCAGAUUCAGUCCUGGCUGACAUCAAGGAAGUCUGUCAGCGUUUGGAUCAAGAGACGCCACAGGAACCUGCAGAGGCACCGACUCAAAUGAGCACCUUGCUGCCCAUCGAUGAGCGUUCAGCCGUUCCACUUGAGGUAAAUGAAAGAAGAAGAAAAUGCAAUCACUGUCACAAAAUCUAA